AUGUACUCUAAAUCACACGCUGGGUCCUGUUUGCACUGUGCUUGCCCUGCAUUUGUGGCGCUGUGUCUGAUCCUUUUGGGUGCAGUUGCUGUUCUCACUGUGUUGUAUAUUUCUCAUGACCUGAAACUGAAAGAGCGGCUUGAGCUUCAAGACCAGCUGAGCAAGAACCAAACUGAACACGGACAACAUGAUUUAUCAAGAAACUCUGCUGAUUCUCGGAGAAACUGUUUCCAAAGAGAGUUAUCCUGCCCAAAAAAAUGGGAGUACCAUGGUGGGAAGUGCUAUUUCUUCUCUGAAAAUCGUUUGAACUGGACUCGGAGUCGAGACCACUGCAUCUCCAUUGGAGGACAUUUGGCAAUCAAGAGCAUAGAAGAGCAGGAAUUUAUGGGAAGAUUAGUACAAUCAAAAAUGAUGACAGACAAUGACAGAUUUUGGAUUGGCCUGACAGAUGAACAGGUCGAGACACAGUGGCUGUGGGUGGACAACACGCCUCUGGACGAGAUGAUUCGACACUGGUUGGAAAAGGAACCAGACAACUGGACUGUUAUACUGAUUAAUCCAACUGGCGAGGACUGUGCAAGCAUGGGAAAAGGCUAUCCUACAGACUCUGAUAACUGGCAUGAUGAAAACUGUGCCACAUUACACAAAAGUGUAUGUGAAAGCAUAUCUCCAAACAACGGAUGAGAACGUACAUCCACAAUAAAACAAUAGAGAAAGUGACAGUAUGUCAUUUUCUCAUUUUUGAUUUAUUUUCCUUUCUUCUGCCUUUCUCUUGUAUUAUAACCUGUAUAAAAAAGAGAAUUACAAAA